GAACUGUUUCAUCCUAAAAAAAACAACAACAAAAGAGAGAAUAAAUGCACACAAACUGAACUGAAAGGCAGGAAAUGUGCCUGGCUUGAACAAGUCCACAACUAUGCAACAGAACAAUCCUCUCCUCCCUACGUGCAGAUCCAUAACUUCACAACCCUGCAGAUAUAUAAUCCCCAGAUCUCAACCCAGAAGAACCCAAUUCAUUCACACAUGUAUCAUUAUUAUUAAAGAUUAAACAGAUUAUCUGCAGAGAGAUAAUAAAACCUUGAUUUCCCGGCAGCCAUGGCCGCAACCGCCGCUCAGCUGAAAGAUGAUCUGGACAUCGUGAUUCCGACGAUCAGAAACCUCGAUUUCCUGGAAAUGUGGAGACCGUUUUUCCAGCCCUACCAUCUCAUCAUCGUCCAAGACGGCGAUCCUUCCCGGACCAUUAAAGUCCCUCCUGGUUUUGAUUACGAGCUCUACAACCGCAACGACAUUAACAAGAUUCUCGGACCCAGAGCCUCUUGCAUCUCCUUCAAGGACUCCGCUUGCCGUUGCUUCGGCUACAUGGUCUCCAAGAAGAAGUACAUCUUCACCAUUGAUGACGACUGCUUUGUUGCGAAAGAUCCUACUGGGAAGGAUAUUGAUGCGCUAGAACAGCACAUCAAGAAUCUGCUCUGCCCAUCGACGCCGUUUUUCUUCAACACUCUGUACGAGCCGUACAGGGAGGGAGCGGAUUUCGUACGGGGCUACCCUUUCAGCCUCCGGGAGGGGGUUCCGACCGCCGUGUCUCACGGUCUCUGGCUUAACAUUCCUGAUUACGAUGCGCCCACGCAGCUCGUCAAGCCUUUGGAGAGGAACACCAGGUAUGUUGAUGCUAUCAUGACAAUCCCGAAGGGGACCCUGUUCCCCAUGUGUGGUAUGAAUCUGGCGUUUGAUCGUGAUCUCAUCGGCCCUGCCAUGUACUUUGGACUCAUGGGUGAAGGCCAGCCCAUUGGUCGCUAUGAUGAUAUGUGGGCUGGUUGGUGCUGCAAGGUGAUAUGUGACCAUCUGGGGCUGGGAAUCAAGACAGGGUUACCAUACAUCUACCACAGCAAGGCAAGCAACCCAUUUGUGAAUCUGAGAAAAGAGUACAAGGGGAUAUUCUGGCAAGAAGAGAUCAUCCCUUUCUUCCAGCAAGCCACGCUGUCCAAGGACGCCACAACAGUCCAGAAAUGCUACAUUGAACUGUCCAAGCAGGUGAAGGAGAAGCUGGGGAAGCUAGACGAGUACUUCAUCAAACUCGCCGACGCCAUGAUCACCUGGAUUGAAGCUUGGGAUCAGCUCAACCCAGUCAAAGCCCCUGCCAAAUAAACAUUAUUAUUAUUAUUAGCUUAAUUAUUAGUGGUCCCAUUUCUUUCCUGCUUUUUUGUUCUUCCUUUUUUGCAAGAUUCUUCCACUUAUACAUUUGUGUACCCUGCAAUGCUAUUGCCUAUUGCAGAGUGUUCCAUAAGAUGAAAUUUCAAUUUUUGAAUGCCCAUUGCACUUUCUCCA